UCUGCCGCCUCACCCCCCAUUGUCACGUUCAAAUACCGCUCUCCUCUCCCACCUCCACUCAUGGACUCGCGGCUGGGGCUGUCGCCGCUGCACGGAGGGCCUCUGGACUGGUAUUUUCCGCCGAGCGCCUCGGAGCGUUUCCCCCGGAUGGAAGCGUAGUUCAUCAACACUGAGGACUCCCGCGGCUGCUUUCUCUCUCUCUCUCUCAGCAUGAUGGAAAAGACAUUUGGACAAGAGAAGUUGAGACUGGACGCGACUCCGGCUCAUCACUCCUCUGCCUCCACUGCUCGAGGGCAGUGGUCCAGCAAAAUUGAAUUCCUCUUGGCGGUCGCAGGACAAAUCAUCGGCCUAGGAAAUGUGUGGAGGUUUCCUUAUCUGUGCUACAAAAAUGGAGGGGGCGUGUUCUUCAUCCCCUACAUCCUCUUCCUCUUCACCUGCGGGAUCCCGUUGUUCCUGCUGGAGACGGCUCUCGGCCAGUACACCAGCCAGGGAAGCAUUACCUGCUGGAGGAAAAUCUGCCCGCUGUUUGAAGGGAUGGGUUAUGGCAGCCAGAUAGUAGUUUUGUACUCCAGUAUUUAUUACAUUGUCAUUUUGGCCUGGGCCUUCCUGUACCUCUUCUCCUCGUUCAGCUCCGAGCUUCCCUGGGCGAACUGCAGGAACAUCUGGAACACAGAUACCUGUGUGGAGUUUGAUCAAAGGCCCGAUUAUUUCAACAUGACUGUGCCAGAGAAUGCAACAUCACCAGUGAGAGAGUUUUGGGAGAGGAGGAUUUUGAACAUCACACAACAUGUGGAGGAGCUGGGCGGCAUGCGAUGGGAGCUGGCUUUGUGUCUUCUGCUGUCCUGGAUCAUCUGUUACUUUUGUGUCUGGAAAGGCGUGAAGUCUACCGGAAAGGUGGUUUACUUCACUGCUACAUUUCCAUACCUGAUGCUGGCGGUGUUACUCAUUCGUGGACUCACGUUGCCUGGAGCUAUGGCGGGGAUCAAGUUUUACCUGUACCCAGAUCCGUCUCGCCUCAGCGAUCCCCAGGUGUGGAUGGAUGCUGGCACUCAGAUAUUUUAUUCCUAUGCUAUUUGCAUCGGCUGUCUAACUGCACUUGGUAGCUAUAAUAAAUACAACAAUAACUGUUACAAGGAUUGCGUGUACUUGUGCCUCCUGAACAGUGGAACCAGUUUUGUUGCCGGCUUUGCCAUUUUCUCUGCGCUCGGGUUCAUGGCGUAUGAGCAAAACACAGACAUAUCCAAGGUGGCAGAGUCAGGUCCUGGCUUGGCCUUCAUCGCCUAUCCUCGAGCCGUCGCAAUGAUGCCUUUUCCUCAAGUCUGGGCGAUAUUCUUCUUCAGCAUGAUCAUCUUACUUGGGCUGGACAGUGAGUUCGUGGGUCUGGAGGCCCUCGCCACGGCAGUUUCCGACAUGUAUCCCGCCUACUUCCACAAAGGCCAUCGACGUAAACUCCUCCUGCUUUUUAUCAGUGUUUUCAGUUUCCUCAUCGGCCUUGUGAUGGUCACUGAAGUAAGAGGAAAUGAAACUCUCACAGAUUUGCUGCAUUUCGUUAAUGAUGACAUGAAAGCUGAGUGUUUUUGUUCCCUGCAGGGCGGCCUGUACAUUUUCCAGGUGUUUGACUACGACGCCUGCAGCGGGAUGACACUGCUGAUGUUCGCCAUACUGCAGUCUCUGUGUAUAGGAUGGGUUUAUGGUGCAGACCGGUUUUAUGAUAACAUAGAAGACAUGAUUGGAUAUAGACCUUUAUCCUUGAUCAAGUAUUGUUUGAAGUAUAUCACUCCACUAAUUUGCAUGGGAACAUUUCUUUUCUCCUUGAUAAAAUACACUCCUCUGAAGUUCAACAAUGAAAUAGAAUAUCCGUGGUGGGGUUACGCUCUCGGCUGGUUCUUCACGCUCUCCUCCACCCUCAUGGUUCCCUUCUGGAUGCUGUACAGCCUCAGCAGGACUCCCGGCACACUGCGGCAGAGGUUCAAGGUCUUAUGUACUCCUGCCAAAGAUCUCCCUCUGACCAAACCGGAGAAGAAAGCUCUUGAACUGUUCGACGUGUCGUCCCCCCUCGACACCGUGCAUCCAUAGGCGCCGUCGGACGAACUGGAGCAGCCUCGCAUGUGCUGAACGCUGAAGCACGAGGAGACUAUGGUACGCUGUGCCCCCUGAAAGAAGUGGUGCUCAAAUCUUUUUUUUUUUGUGUUUGACUUUAUAAAUCUGUGCUGAGCAACCCUGGAAGAAGGACCGUGGUCCUCCAUGAGAGGAAGGGCGUGUGAUGAGUGAUCAGGCUUUCUGCAGAGACAAAUGUUGACACAUUCAUCAGAUUCAUAAGCUGCAUUCCAGUUCCCGUUAUGUUUUUGUUUUUCCUGUAGUCGUUUAAACACCGCCUGUGUUUGUUGAUCAAACCAAGAGCAGUUUCACGAAGUUGUGUACCCCGAUAACAAUAUGGUGCAUUUUACAAGGUGGGAAAAAAGCUUGUUACACAAUUUGUUAGUCACAUCAAGCCCAAAAUGUUGAUAUUUCACACAGCUUGAUGAUGGUUAUUCUGGAUUAUCAACUCCCAGUGUGGUGAAACUCUGUCAUUCAGGUUUUCCUUACUGUACAGCAUGCACAGUUGAACGCGUUUUGCAUCCUGUUUUUUGAAAAGUCCACUGCUGGGAGAAGUGAAUGUAGCCGCAGACGGCGCCAGUUUCCUCAGACGAGGACUGGAUAUCCUCGCCUUAAAACAUCUUGUGAGCCUCGUUUAACAGGUUGAAUGUAUUUACAGGCUCUUUCAGGUCGGACAAAAAGUGACUUUUGAAUUAUGCUGCCUUAAAUCAUCAUUUACUCACCUAGAAUAGCACAAAGACGAAGUGAACAACUGUCACUU